GAUUUUCGAAGCAGAGUGGGUUUGCUUCGGCUGCUGGAGCCAGCUCAGUUAGGUUCGAUGGAAGUUACACGACUGUUGCGCAUCGUGAAUCGUUGAGAAAGAUUUACCACUUUUUUGCGGUACCAAAUUGUUGCGAUGACGAAAAAAUUGCUCAAAUUUCAUAUUAUCCUGGACCGGGAUUCGCUGCUGUAUCUUCCUGGCCAGGUGCUGGCGGGCCGAGUGCUUUUGGAGACGCAGGAAAACACAGCUGUUUUAGGGUUGCACUUUCAUGUGCUCGGCGAGUGUACGGUUCACGUGGCCAAGGGGGCCACCCCCCGCAGACGGGAGAAAUCGUACGAUAAGGAGAACUACAUCGAUUUUCGCAUGAAGCUGCUGGACGAUUUCGACAACAAAGCGAUUCUGCUAGCGCCCGGAGUGCACUGUUUUCCGUUCAAGCUCGGUCUGCCGGUGUCGCUUCCGUCCACGUUCAUCGGUCAGCACGGUUGGAUUCAGUACUAUUGCAAGACCAGCCUGCAGGAGUCAUCCGGGAUAACGCACCGCAAUCAGCAGGUGUUCAUCGUACUGAAUCCAAUCGAUUUGAACUUGGAGGAUCCGCUUUUGAGCGACCCCGUGGAGGCCAGCUUGAGCCAUCGAGUCGGGGUUGGUUACCUCGGUGGAACGGUCCGAUGUAAUAUCGGAUUGGACAAAAGAGCAUACGUACCGGGCGAAAACAUUUUACUCACAGGCGAAAUACAAAAUCAAAGUAAAGUGACUAUCAAAGCUCUGAAAUAUGCCCUGAUAGAGACGGUUCAAUACUAUGCACACGGCAAACUGUUGCACCAGGAGCGCCGAGAGCUGGCCGCAGUCGUACGUGACCGUAUCAAGUCCGGCAGCCGGGAUGUGCUGCAGAAUGGGCAUCUCACCGUGCCACCGCUGCCACCCACCAACCUGCUCGGCUGUCAUCUGAUCAGGAUUCAGUACAGCGUUUGUAUUCUCAUCGAACCGAACCUGAUGGAGCGGCAGCAGGUCCUCAAGGUUCCCAUCACGCUCGGUACUUACCCGUUCAAGCGGGACGACCAGGAUCUGCACGAAUGGGUGGAAAACUAUGUCCGCUAUCCUGCCACGCUGCCCGUUGCCCGGCCCGCCCCAGCGCCGGCGUCCUACGGUGCCAAGUCGGAACACGGAUAGAGAAACUCAAUUUCAGGAUUAAUUAUAUUGCACUGAGUUUAUGAUUGAAUUUCGCUUCCGCGCGUAGGCACACCGUAGAAGCCGGAGCCGGCCGUUCACCGUUGGAAACAAUUAGUAACAGAAAUUAAAACAGACAACACUGCGUGCUGCAAGAGUGAUACUAACCAAAUAACCCGGCAACUGAUAUCGUUCGCGCGAUGAUGAAGCAACGUUGCGUUAGAUACUUUUAAUAAAUUUAAUUUCGAACUUAUCUCUGCUGCUACCGUUGCGGGCCAUAUCCUUACUGUGCUUAACUAAAACUGCCAGCUCUCGAUGGAAUGUACGAGGGUUCCUUCAUUGAGGAGAGUGCUGACAUCGCAGUGGCACCACUGCAAGUGUAACAAGCCUUGCCUCCUUCUGAGCAUAAAAGAAUAUCUGUGAAUUCCGAGCCAGGUUGGCAAUUGAAA